AAUGCAGCUAGGUUUAUAACGGACGUGGUGGAACAUCGUCGCAAGGGAGAAAGGAACAGCAUUUAAAAGUCACUUGAGUUGGCGUGGGAAGAAUGGAAAAGCCGUCACUCUUUACUUGAAGCAGCGUAAUUGCUUCGUACAUGGCAGGACUUAUGUAUUUUGUUCUCUGCGGAUCUUCGCAUGAUAGUUAUUUGUGAUUUUGGCUUCACUGGCUAUGUACGAGGAUAAUUGUAUUUGCUAAUUGCGGCACUUGAAGGGAUUAGUAUAAUGGCUCUACACAGUACACAGAAUGCUAGGGAAUACCCACGGAGAACAAGCCAAUCAGUGUACUGCAUUCUUCAUAUUCAGCCUAUUGAAUGUUUUCAAUUGCUUUUCGACAAAGUGAGACAACGGUCCAAUCUAGGGAAAUAUGGGCCAUAUUGGUGCCCGUCUUGGCCUGGUCAUUGGCUCUGCAAUGUCGUUGUUGUUGUCCCCGGUAAGAAAGACUGCGGGUUGGCUAUCGAGGACAACAAUUGUAAGCGCACCUUGCAUAAGGCCGUCGGCCGUAUAGCCGAUAGUGUUGGUUUGCUUCACAACGGUGGUGAGGUGGAGGCUAACGUGCUGGUAGAACAUUAAAUCCGAUCAAAACCUUGAGCAGCAAAUGAUUUGGAUAAAGGUGAGCUAAAUAGGUGCGUUCGUAGGAAGU